UAAGAGCCGCCUUGAUGAUCUUGCAAGGUCUUGCAGUUAUACAAUGGGAGCGCAAAAUAACAAUCAUGCGAAGGUGUAUCAAGCAUCGCAGCCUACGUACUACGGUCACGGAGGUGCCUCACGAUCUGAAAGAGAACAGUUGAUCUCUAGGAUGUACUCGUGCCUACCUUGGGAGCUUCGCCACCACAUUCAUACCUUCUGUGUUCAAAGCUCUUAUGACAAUGAGAUCAUCGUCCGCUACGGAAGCAAGGGAAAGCCUAUGCUACUUGUACGACGGUCGGUCGGCCCGGGUCCAUACCAAUGGACCGAGGAUCCUAUCAUUCUGCAAUUUGGCCCAGAUAAAAUCGGACCGGAAGCAUCCGCAGACCUUCUUACGACGUAUUACGGAAGCCGUACUUUCAAGUUCGCUCACCAGGAGCUCGGAUGCAUACAAUCGUUCCUUGAGACGGACAGCUCUGGGUUGGGUAUACGUCCGGCCGACCAUCUCCGCCACUUGCACUUGCAAAUCCAGCCCUUCAUGUGCGUUCAAAUAGAGGAGCCCGAGUUAAGGCGAAGCGAAGAGGCAAGGUGCUGUCGAGCUCUGGAAUCUCUUACAGCUCUUAGAGCCCCCCGAACAACAAUUGCUGUUCAUGUAGAUCUGACACAGGGCGUUUCUUUCGAAGAAGAGUUUGGGGAAUUGUCGGAUGAUGCUGCGGCAUUCGUCUUUCGGAUCCUAGAGAUCGUUAAGAAUUUGCGGGUGACAGGACUGAACAUAGAAGUGAUCUUGGAAGGGGCGUGGGAUGAAAGGAGUGGGACAAAGCUGUGUAGCAGUUCGACACCAUCGCUUGAUGAUUGUGCGAUGACAAUGAAGAUCGCUUCUCGGUAGAUCUGCUUUUUGGUUGAUUGAAACUGAGAUUACUGAGGCUU